GGGCGCGCGGCGGCGCGCUGACGUCACUUCCGGCGCGGCGCGCACGGGGCGCGCGGAGCCGCCGCUGCCCUCCCGCCGCCUCCGCCGCCGCCGCGGGGCCCGCCCGGAAGUGACGCCGCGCCGCCCCCCCCACCCGCUCCCCGGCAUGGGCGGAAGUGACGUCAGCCCCAGCGUGGCCCUGCGGCUGGCGCUGGCGGGGGCGUGGCACGUGGUGCGGGGGCGGAGCCUGGGCCAGUUCCCCCGGGUGCUGGGGCUGCUGGAGGCCGUGGGGCGGGCGGCGCCGGGGGCCGUGCGCUACCGCCAUGGCGCCCGCCUCCGCCUCGGCCUCCAGGCCGCCGUGGUGGUGGCCAUGCUGCGGGAGGCCCAGCCGGCCGGGCGGGUGCUGGACGCCGUCGACUCCUUCUUCCCCGAGGGCGAGCCGCCGGCCGCCGCCCAGGGCCACGCCACCCCCCGCGACCUGGCCAUGGUGGGGGAGGCCCAGGAGAGCUUCCGCGAGCUGGUGCUGGCGCUGCUGGGAGACCGGGGCCGCCGGGCGGCCUACCUGCAGGGGGCGGCGGGGCGGGAGUACGGCGAGCCCUUCCUGCGGGCCCUGGAGCGCCUCUUCUUCGAGUACCUGCAGCGGCUGGAGAGCGCCCUGCCCCCCCCCGACCUGCGCCAGCUGCAGGAGGCCGUGUGGCGCCACGCCUCCCCCGGGCCCCGCCCCCGGGAGCUGCCAAUCCUGAGCCGCUACCUGGCCGACAUGGGCCACGCCUCCUCCGGCCCUUUGCCCCGCCCCCUGAGCCCCGCCCCGCCGCCCCCCCGGACGCCGGGGCCCCUCCGCCGGGAGCCGCCCCCCCGCCGGCUGCUGCCCCGCCCCCGGCUCCGGAGGCUCCGCCCCCUGCAGGCGCCGCCCCUGGGAUUCGUUGAUGAGGUCAUCGAUGACACGGAGAGCGAGGCGUCGUCCGGCGGGAAGGUCCAUUGGGGGGCGGUUUGGGGUGGAAUUGGGGGAUUUUGGGGGCAAUUUGGGGGAUUUUGGGGGCAAUUUGGGGUCCCGGGGGCAUUUUUGGGUCUGGAAGAGGCAAUUUUGGGGCCUGGGGGGGCAAUUUGGGGUGGAAUUGGGGGAUUUUGGGGGCGUUUGGGGUCCCGGGGGCAAUUUUGGGUCUGGAAGAGGCAAUUUGGGGUCCGGGGGGGGGCAAUUUAG